GAAUUAUUCACACCAUAAUAAGAAAACCUCCUUAUAUAUAGUCACACCAUAAAUUCCAUCAAAUUAUAUUAUACACAUAUUUGGUAGUAUUUCUGAAACAAAAUGAUGAAGAGGCGACCUUCUAACAUCGCCCCUCUCUCUUCUCCAGGAUUAGAAAUGCAAGACAACAAAAUGGGAGCAGCGACGACGACGACGACAACAGCAGCAGCAACAACAACAACAGGAGGGAAGAACACGAGCAUCCACGUGACGGCCCUGGAUGGGAUAGUGAGCGUGAACUCGCUCUUCACGAUGGCGCUGUUCAUCGGAUUCUCCAUGACCGUCCCGGAGAACGCGACGACGGUGGGGAGCGCGUCGUGCAUAACGAGCGGAGAGACAGUGAGGAGGCUGAUAGUGUUCGAAGUGGUGUCGUUCAGCUUCUUCCUGUUCUCGUCGCUGGUGGCGCAGAGCUUGAAGCUGCAGAUCAACCUCCGCAACAGCAUGGACCCCACCGAUCCGCACAGGGCCAGCAUCAACGUGGACCACCUCAAGUACUGCCUCUCGGCCUCCGCAGUCGGAUCGGUCCUCGGGUGCACCUUCCUGACGCUGUCGAUCGUGGAUUUCAUAAGGGUCAAAUUGGGGUCGCUGUCGUGCGGCGGAAGGCCGGUGCAGGCGGUGGUGGUGCUCCUCUUAUUUGUGGGGUCGGGGCUGCUCAUUUAUGUUGUCACUGCUGCACGUGCUCUCUUUUUCGUGCAGACUCAACCACCAACUCCUCAGCAGACUCAGACCUAGCAAGUAGUAGUAAAUUUAUAUUACUGAUUUAUAUCUAAUUAUUCUAUUUUAUUAGUAUUAUAAUUUUUAAAAUAGAGGAGGAGUCCUAUAUCUUCGAAUAUCUCCAAAUAUAGAUACAGGAUUGAUUUUAAGUUUUAAUUUCAUGUUUCCCUUUUGUGCCUUGUGAUUAUAUUAAUUGUUUUGGAAAUAAUGAGCAGUAGCCAUUAAUGAAAAUGUUCGUUGCAAGACUUA